AUGCAUUAUACCCUCACCCAGUCACUCCUUACCAUUGUCUUUCUCUUUAAUGCUUGUUUUCUCAGCAAUGUCAACGGCCUUGCGAGCACGGAUACAAUUACAUGGGGUGGUUCCAAUGACAGGACUGGCUAUCAGAAUAAUCACAACAUGGACCCGGCGAUUGUCGGAAGUGCUCAAUUCGGCUUGCUCUAUAAGACUCAAUUACCCGGAACGUACUUGAUCAACGGCCAGAACGUACCUGAGCAGAUAUUCUCGCAACCCUUGGUCUAUACCGGCUCCGAUGGCUUACAAUUUGUCUACGUUGCGACAACUCAGAACAAUGUCUACAAGAUUAAUGCAAAAACCGGUGUGAUUGUUGCUUCUCGGAAUCUUCACCGCCCUUUCCUGGUCAGUGAUUUGAACGGAUGUGUUGAUAUCAACCCUACCGUUGGAGUUACUGCCACCGGCGUGAUCGAUCCGGACACAGACACCUGGUACAUCACGUCCAAGACCUACAUUAACCAGGACAUUACGGGUCCGACUGGCCGCCCGAAUGGUCGCUACUACGUACAUGCUAUUAAUACCGUGGACUUGACCGAACGGCCGAACUUCCCGGUAAAUCUGGAGGGCAUGGUUGCCAGGAACAAUCCUGCACGGUCUUUCAGCGGUGGAAUUCACCAUCAACGCCCUGGUCUUCUCCACACAGGCGAUUAUGUCUACGCUGGUUUUGCUAGUCAUUGCGUCCAAUGGAAUUUCACUGGUUGGAUAGUCGGCUGGCAUAAACAGACCGGGCAACUUGUGGAGAGAUUUGCAACAGAGGGAGCCGGCGUCGGGCCCAAUGUCCCUGGCGCUGGAGUCUGGAUGUCUGGAGGUGGCCUCGCGAGCGAUGGCAAAGGUUCAAUGUUUUUUGCUUCUGGCAAUGGCUAUGCAUCUCAGCUGAAUGGCGUCCCGGUCAACGGACGAAAUCCGCCAAGCGCGCUUGAGGAAGCUGCCGUUCACAUGUCGAUCAAUGGCGACGGUUCGUUGACAGUAGUUGACUUCUUCAUGCCGUGGGAGAAGGUUCAGCUGGACGGUGCGGAUAAAGACCUUGGCACAUCCCCUCUGGAACUUCUUCCUAGCCAAUUUUCUUGUGGUAAUAUCACAAGAAUGGGUGUGGUGACUGGUAAGAGUGGAAAGACAUACUGGCUUAAUCUUGACGAUCUCGGUGGAUAUCAAAACGGACCAAACAAGCUCGACAACGUCAUCCAGGUCUAUCAGAACGAAAACUCAGUCUACGCUGGUGCAGGCGUUUAUCCCCUGGAAGGAGGAUACAUUUACAUCAAUGUCAUCCAGUACCAGACACAUGUCUUCAAAUUUUCUUGUGACAAUGGGGUUCCAUACUUCAACAAAAUAGCUGAUUCUCCCGAAAAGAAUGCCUACAUUUUGGGAGUCGGUCAUGGCACUGUUACGUCUUUGGAUGAUCAACCUGGAAGUGGCCUGCUCUGGACAUCUGAUGUCGAAGGUUCAAAUCUACGAAUCUACAACGCAAUCCCAGAAAACGGCCUCCUCAACGAGAUCAACUCCUUUGUCACCCCGGGAACAACAAAAUUCACUCGCCCCGUCUUUGGAGAUGGUAUCGUCUACCAAGGAACGACUCUUGGCUAUCUUUAUGCCUAUGGCGCCCCAGUCAAUCUGCCAUUGAAAUGUACCCCCGCUCAAUUUGGCACCACGAAUCUCAACACCACGAGCUCGCCUGUGCCAAUCCAAUGCCAGGCCAACACCGCCCUCACAGUCACGGCAGCAACUCUCUCAGGUAAUGCAAACUUUAAAUUCUCUGGUCUUCCCACCCUCCCGUUCGCUGUCAACCAAGGACAGAACUUUUCAUUCCAGACAACUUUCACGCCUCAAACUGUCGGUCCGCUCUCCUCGUCAAUCAUUCUCAAUACAACACAACAGGCUGCAGGCUUCAGCAUCAACACUCCUGUCAACCUCAAAGGUACGGGUCAGAGUCAAGCACCAUUGUUGAUGAUUACUCCGAAUACCGUAUCCUGGAACGGUGUAAUUACGGGCCAGGUGGUAGGGGGUGUCAAUCAGUCCAUUAUUCUCAGUAACCUUGGGAACACUCAACUCACCAUCACUGGUAUUUCUUAUUCUGUGGUCGGUGAGACUGGACCAUGGAUCUCUCCGAAUGGUACACAAGCUGCAACUGUCGUGUCGGCCUUCACAUUCUACAGUGUGCCGUCUUCGGUGGCUGCAAACAGUGCUGUGACGAUUCCGAUCAACUUCAAUCCCUCAUCCAGCGGUAACUAUGCUGCCUUUGUCAAAUUGGAUAGUAACGGAGGCUCCAAGGUACUUGACGUUCUUGCCGCAGGCUCAGACCAGCCAAAAGCCGUCCUUGAAUUCGAGACUCCUGAUGGAGGAUGGAUCCCAUAUCGAAACAGUACGCCUUUCAGUUUUGGAAAUGUUACAGAAAAUACAACUCGGUACCUCAAGUUGCGACUGUCCAAUAAUGGCACGGCGAAUGCAGCUCCCAUAUCUGUGACAGUUAGUAAACCUCCCUUUGGAGUUUCCGGUCUCAUUGGAAGUAACAACAACAUUGAUCUUGCCGAAGGCACACUCGUCUACGCCGGACAAAACCAAACCGCGACAUUAUAUUGUUCAGUGCCGAAGAGCCAAAUCAAUGUCGACCCCUACAAUGGCAGUGCCCAAUGGACCAUGAAUCUCAAUGAUCCUUCGUUCGGCAAACAAUUUAUCCAGUUUUCUUGCAAUGCACUCUCUGAACAAGCACCUCCCCUCAACCCCCUCACGCAACAAGGUAUUUACAGAUAUGCUGGCUGUUUCAAGGAAAACAAUCCUGGAAGACAACUCCAGACCAACAUUUACAGUGGGUCUCUCAAUACUAAUGAACAGUGUAUAAAACAAUGCUCGACUGCAGGUUAUAUCUUCGCUGGGACUCAAUACACACAAGAAUGUUGGUGUGGCUUCAAUAGACCCAAGCAAGUUGUUGAUGAUGCAAAUUGCAACUUUGCUUGCACUGGAAACGUCAAUGAAGUGUGCGGUGGCAAUGGAAUCACAGGAACUGGCUCUUUCAUAUCAUUGUUUGGAGAUAUCACUCGUUGGAACGGCAAUCGCACGGAUACGCCGGGUCCAUAUGUCAACCCUGGUAUGCUUGGGUUCAACAGCCUGGGUUGCUACGCCGAAGGAUCUCAAACUCGUGCUUUGAAUGUGCAGCCUACCUCGAACAAUACCGUGGCCAGUUGUAUUCAGGCUUGCCAGGGAUAUUUGUACGCUGGAGUGGAAUAUGGAGGCCAGUGGUGA